AUGUCUGUGUUCGUGUACAGAUGUGUCAAACACACUGAGCGCAUCGACAUGUUUUUAAAAUGGACUACAAACGGUCUUUUAUUUUUGACUUUAAUUUAUCUUCCACAUACAGGCGGAAGGAAUGUUUCCACAGUAAUCAAAGGAGAAACUGUGCAUCUGCCCUGCCAGUCACCUAAAGACAGUGAUCAAUUUGAUGUAGAGUGGACAAAAUAUAGUACAAAUAGUACCACUAUUUGUAAAUGGAUGAUUAAUAAAGAUACUGUAUCUCCCAUCAGUGAAUGCGCUCCUCGUUUUACAUUAACCAGAGAGCCUUUAAAAAUAAAAAUAGAAGACGUUCAGCCCAGUGACUCUGGUUAUCACAGCUGUAAAACGACAAGAAUAAUUCCACCACCAUCAUUGGACUACUUCACAAAUAUGACAUUCCAAGUUGUAGUAGUUGUUCCACAUCUGCAGAAAUUGAACAGCAGUAAUGACACCUGUCUCCAUCUGCUCUGCUCUGUGGAGGGUCUGACAACUGAUGUGAACUUCACCUGGAGCCGGGGUGAAAGGUCACUUCAUCCAUUCACAUCUUAUGCCAUGAACAGCGAGCUGCGUCUGUGUAAACCUGACUGGAGUGAAGGAGACACAAUCACCUGUUAUGCCAGAUACUCAAGUACACAAACCCAUAGAAGUAUAAAACUCACCUCAGAGACACCUUCUGACAAAGCUGUUGACGGUGUGCCGUUCCAGCUGCUGAUCAUCUCAUGCAGUGCUGCUGCAGGCCUCAUCCUCUGCAGCAUCCUCACGGUUGUUAUUUGCAAAUGCAGAAAGCAAGACGAACAUGGAUCUAUAGUGUUCAGCAGUAAAGUCUAUGAGAACUUCAGUUUCGCCAUGGCCCGUCAGAACAUGCAGUCCAAUGACAAACCACAGCCAGAAGAGUGUAUUUAUGAGAACUAACUGCUGCUACUGCUGCUUACAUAACCUUUGCUUUAAAGCCAG